GUGGCGACGACGGCGACGGCGUCCACAUGUCGAGCUGUCACGGCGAAUUAUAUCACGCAUCGGUUACCGCAGCAGUGUUUGAGGGGUGGGCCUGGUUCUGGUUCUGAGCAGGUGACUGCUUCUGCGGCGCUAGUUACGGCGGGGAUGGGUGGUGGUGAAGCGGAGGGGGGGACUCAGAUAGCUAUUGAAGCUUCUAGGCCUACGCAGGUUCCUUCGGCGAGUUUAACAAUUUCAUCCGAGAACCCACCUACGGACACGGCCGCCUCCCCACCACCACCACCACCACCGCCGCCACCGGGGGCUACAGAAAACGAAGGCGAGGAUUCCCCCCUCGACACGGCCAAGUUUCUCUCCUUCGAGGAAUGGAAAGCGCGGAAUUUGGCCUGUGCUGGGCAGAGCUCCGAGAGCUUUGAGGACCGGGUGCGGGAGCCCCGGCGCGGUGGCGCUAGCGGUUCCCUCAACAACGCUUUGGACUCUCUGGGCGAGGACGCUGAGAUCGAGUUUGACUUUGGUGGUGAAGCUGACGGUGGAGCACCCGAGUAUAAGGUUGGUCGCUCGGACGGGUCCGGUUCGCCGACGGCCGGUGGAGGAGGAGGAGGUGGAGACAACCCGGACCCACGCGGUCAUUCAAGGUCCAAGAAUGCGGGGACGACGUGCAAGGAGAGGUUCAAUUACGCUUCUUUUGACUGCGCGGCCACGGUGCAUAAGACGAAUCCUGAGGCUAAGGGGGCUACUUCUAUACUCGUGGAGAAUAAGGAUAGCUACAUGCUCGAUAAAUGCGGUGCCGAGAAGAGGUUCUUCAUUGUGGAGCUCUGCGAUGACAUACUCGUCGACACCGUCGUCCUGGCGAACUUUGAGUUCUUCUCGUCCAUGUUUCGGAGUUUCAAGGUGUUUGUCAGCGAUCGGUAUCCCAUCAAGCAGAAUGGCUGGAAGGACCUCGGAACCUUCGAGGCGAGGAAUUCCCGGCAGGUGCAGGCUUUCCUGAUCGAGAACCCGCUCAUCUGGGCGAGGUAUUUGAAGGUGGAGUUUUUGACUCAGUAUGGGAACGAGUUUUAUUGCCCGGUUAGCUUGUUGAGGGUGCAUGGGACGACCAUGAUGGAAGAGUUUAAGCACCAAGGUGAGAUCAGUGCUGGUGGGGCUGAGGAGGAUAUCAUUGAGGAGGUGGUUCCUGAGGCCGUUGCUGUGAACAUAGAGGAGGAGGUGCUGGCACGGGCUACGACUGCGACCCCGGCAGCGGCGGAGGAGGCGCCGAAGAAGAAGGAGGUGUAUGGGGUCAAUGAGGCACCGGUACGGAAGAAGGUCAGGGUCCAAAAGGGUCAUGACGGACCGGCGAUUUUCAGACCGGUAUCAGUGCUGGAAUCUGGGCCCCUGUUUCUACCGACUUGUGCAGCCAUGCAUGUGCCCUCUGCCACGCACUCCACUCCCACAUCUGUCGUGAUGGAGUCGUCCACUAUCGUUUCCGCCGGGACGAUGUCUUCCCCCUCCGCAGCAAUGUGGACCGCCAACCCUACGACUACAGUCCCGAAUCUCCCGGAAGACAGCGCCAGCAAGGAACCAGCACCGGACACUCCCUCCCAGGCCAAAGAGAAAGAGAAAGAAGCGACAUCUAAUACUUGCACUGCCCGUGCCAAAGUACCUGACACAGCCCCUCGGGAACCCGAGCCCGACCGCCACCCUCCUCCUCCCCCUUCCCCUCCCUCCUCCUCCUCCCCCUCCUCCUCCCCCCACGCCCUCCUCCCAAGUAACACACUCCCAUUCCCACCCACCCUCUGCGGUGCCAACAACACAAGAAAGCUUCUUCAAAACCGUACACAAGCGCCUAAGCCUGCUGGAAGCAAACGCAACCCUCUCGUUACAAUACAUAGAAGAGCAAUCCCGCAUCCUCCGCGACGCCUUCGUCAAGGUUGAAAAGCGCCAGAUGGAAAAGACGACACAAUUCAUUGAGAAACUGAAUUCUACAGUUUUGGCAGAGCUGCGUAGCUAUGUUCGUCCCCCCGUUUUCGAAUCCCAGGCGGUACUAAUGCUCAGCAGAGAGAACAAUACGACCAGCUCUGGCAAUCAACCGUAAUAGCCCUCGAAUCACAAAACACGCACACAGACCAGCAGAUACAAACCCUGACGACACGGCUAACCCUGCUAACCGACGAGCUCCUCUUCCAGCGGCGCAUCUACCAACUGCAAUCCCUCCUGCUGUUACUAAUAAUCAUAACUGCAGUGGUCAGCGUCGCUAUAUUGUUCCUCAAUCGGGGAUCUACCCCCUCGAGCUCGGUUUCGCCCGGAAGACUAGGAGGCCGAGGGCUGCCAACAGGGUACCUACGCUCAAUCUCUCAGGAUAGCGAUCCGCAAACACCACCACCACUACUAACCCCAUCACCCCCGGCGCCGACGCCGCGAUCACCGCUUAGCGGGAGUUCACUAACCUCUCCAACAUUGAAAUUCUCGCCGCCGAGCCCCGCCACUCUUGCCGGAGAGGAGGAGGAAGAGGAGGAAAUUGAGGGAACAAGAAGCUCCCCUGCAACACCCAGAGGGACAAGAGAUGUCUCUGCGCGUGAGAGCGCAUGGGCGAGGUUUGGGCCCAAGCUUAAGACCGAUAAGGGCGGUGGUGGUGCCGGUGGUGCGGGGACGAGGACGAGGACGGGGAGGUGGGGUCGUCUGCCGAGUCCAUUGGGGGGUUACCCCGCGGGCGGUGGAUACGCCAGCGGUAGUGGCAGCGAGCGCGAGUCCCAGUGA